UGACUUACGAGCCUCAUUUCAUCCAACAGAACGCGACACCAACGACAUUCCAUCGAAUUCAUCAUUGCUUCCAACUCACAUCGUCGAGACUCGGUCGCGCUUUAGAUUCCGAGAGCCACAAUUCCACUUGUACUAUUCCAACUCGGAAGCGCGUUGCCCCGGCUGUUGGGUCGCCUCGAACACGACGCAGCUAGUCUCGCUCUACGGACUCAAGAUUAUGGACCGUCAGUCGUAAAGGCACAACGAAGUAAUCGAGUAAGAGUUUGGGUACGAAGAAAACCCCUCAUAACUCCUAAGUAUAGCAUCGUUCGGAGGAUCUCGUCGGAAUGUCGGGAAACCCGGGCCAGCCUGGUGCGAGCAGCACCACCCCAGGCGCCCCUGGCGGCGGCGGCGGCGGCGGCGCAGGAGCAGGCGCGUCGGGAUCCUUUUCACAGCAGCAGCAACAGCCCGCGACGACGACGCCCGGUGCAGGUGCUGCAGCUCCCGCGCCUACACCCGUGAGCCAGACACCUAUCCCUCCUCCGACGACCGCGACGCCCGCGCCGGCACCGGCUACCGCGCCAAUGUCGAACCAGAAUCUGAACCAAAUUGUUACGGACUACCUUUUGAAGCGUGGUUACACGCGUACAGAGACCAUCUUCCGGCAGGAGUCGUCGCAUUUGGGGCCGGAUGGCCGUCCUAUCCACAACAAGGUGGACGAUCUAGGCCCGCGGAAGUAUCUGAAGGCCUUCAACUUGCUGCGCGAGUGGGUUGAAAAUAACCUCGAUAUUUACAAGUUCGAGUUGAACAAGCUCCUCUGGCCCGUGUUCGUCUAUUCAUGGCUGGAGUUGGUCACGCAGAAUUAUUCCGAAGACGCCAAGAGCCUCCUCAACAACCUAAAGCCGUACUUCGAGAAUGUCCACUCGGACGACCUGAAGACGUUCUCCACGAUCACUCUCGCUCUGCACGCGAAGGAAAAUUCUACUACCAAGCUUUACCGCGAGAACAAGUACCGCAUCCCGCUUAACCAGCACAUCACUGGCAACCUCUUCCACUUCCUGGAGCGCGAGCGGGACAAUGGGGGUUCCGUCAUCCUGUACAUCCUCUCGACCUUCUGCCACUUAGACUCCACCGCCCGCGGGCCUAUUGAGCCUUUCAGCUUCGAGGCCAUCUACCGCCGUAGCCAGAACCUCGACAUCGACGAGAUUGACUUGCAAGAGGGUAUCCCCGGAGUCUUCACUGGCAUCUCGAACAGAGACCUGCUGGACAAGACGGUCCCUCUCAAGCUAGGUCCCCUUCCCAUGGAGGAGGACCUCCGUGAAGAUGUCAGAGCCGAGCUUCAAGACGAGGACGCGCUGAACCCGCCGCCCGAAGGCCGGUCUACUCUGGUCGAAGAGUUCGACCGCAAGAUCAAGCGAGAGGAGAGCGCAGACGGCCCUAACAGGGCCGAGCUUCCUCUCCCUCCGUCUCGCGCCCGUGAUGUCGUCAUGGAGAUGCAGAAAGUUAGAGAAAACCGCGACCGUUUCAAGAUUGAGGGACGCACCGGCGGCGUCGGCGUCGCUGCUAGCGCGUGCAUGUUCACAUUCCACAACACGCUCGGAAGCGUAUCAUGCAUGGACUUCUCCAAAGAUCACGAAAUGGUUGCCAUUGGCACCACGGACUCCUACAUCCGCGUCUGGCACCUCGAGGGCAAGCCCUUGAAGUCGAAGAGAGCCGACGAGAAGGACUUCAAGUUCAACAAUCGCAAGUUGAUCGGUCACUCUGCCCAGGUCUUCUCAGUCUCCUUCUCUGACGCCAUCGCCAAGCUUGAUCAUGCGCCAUUUGGCGAGGAGGGCAAGGGCGAGGGUCCUAUCGAGACCAGCUCCAAGCUGCUGCUGUCUUGUUCGGCCGACGGCACUGUUCGUAUCUGGUCCCUAGACAUCUGGGCUUGCGUCUGCGUCUACAAGGGCCACGACGGUCCCGUUAUGAGGGCCGAGUGGGGGCCUCAUGGCCACUACUUCUUGACCGGCGGCUGGGACAAAACGGCCCGAGUCUGGAUGCAAGACCACGCUUCUGCGCAACGCAUUCUCGUCGGCCAUGACUCGAGCAUUUCGGCAGUCGCCUGGCAUCCCAACGGAACGUACGUCUUUUCGGCCUCGGACGAGACGGACAAGUCGAUUCGAAUGUGGUCUGUCAUCACGGGCCAGUGCGUCCGUGUCUUUACAGGCCAUACAGAUUACAUUUCGGCCAUCGAGUGUGCACCCAAUGGCAAGAUCUUGGCCACGGCUGACAACAGCGGCAACAUCUUCUUCUGGGAUAUCCAGAAGGGCUCGCGCAUCAAACGGUCACGCGGCCACGGCAAGGGCGGUAUCUGGUCCCUAAGUUUUAGCGUCGAGUCCAACGUCCUGGUCUCUGGCGGCCAAGACGGCACGGUCCGUGUCUGGGACGUCGAUCUGCCCGCCGAAGGCCACAAGGUUGUGCAACCGCAGCCAGGCGCGGCACCCACGCAGGAGGGAGGUGAUACGAUCGUCGCCGCCACGGGACAGACGGAGCGAGCCAAUGCGAGCGGUCAAGGGGCGACUGGCAGUGGCUCCAACGCGCCCGGGGGCAGCAAGAAGAAGGGCAAGGAAGUGAUGAUUACGCCCGACCAAAUCAGCGCGUUCCCGACUAAGAAGACACCCGUGAUGAAGGUGCAGUUCACACGCAUGAACCUGAUUGUGGCUGGUGGUUGCUACGAUCCUGACCGCUAAUCCCCCAAGACAUCUUGACGAGGGCAAAGACAUCCUGACGAAGGGAAAGCAUGGUGAUGGCAAAGGGGAAGUAGUCGAUUGAUUUCAUCCACAGUUUGGCGUUGGGGUCGCGGCAGUCGACGAACAUGACUUUUUUGUAGGGUAAUCGGGGCCAAGAAGAAGACGAAGCAGCAACAUCAACACCGUUCAGCUGCAGGCCUAUGUAAACCAUCCUUCAAUGUAGUAGAUACCUCUCGGGCCGUUCCAUUGAUCAGAUAUUGCGAAGCAGGCGUGACUCAAUGGAAUUGUUACAUGCG